AUGGCCAACAACUUUGAGGACGUUGCUAAGCAAUUCAUUGAAUUCUACUACAACACCUUCGACUCCGACCGCAAGGCGCUGUCCAGCCUUUACCGUGAGAACUCUAUGCUCACCUUUGAGUCUGCCUCUUCUCUGGGAGCCAACAGCAUCGUCGAGAAGCUUGCCGGUCUUCCCUUCCAGAAGGUCAAGCACCAGGUUUCCACACUCGAUGCCCAACCCUCCAACGACAAUGGCGGCAUCAUCAUUCUCGUCACCGGUCAGCUCCUGGUCGAUGAGGAGCAGCGCCCCAUGAACUACACUCAGUCAUUCCAGCUCAGCCGUGAUGCCACCAGCGGCCAGUAUUACGUCUACAACGACAUCUUCAAGCUGGUCUACGGUUAA